UUCAGAUUCAGACAGUGUGGACUGUGGAAUUAUAGGAAUGGCAGUUCACUUAUAAUAAAGUUUUACACCCAAGGUGGAAUGAUUUACUUUGAAAAAAGCACUCUGCCAGGUAGCCAGCCUGCCAGUGCCAGGAGCCAAGAAGAGUGACUCAUUAGUAUUGCUUUGAUUGAAUCACAAGCCAUAAUUUUGUUCAAAUAUGGAGUUUGGAGCAGGAUUAACCAGGGUUCGCAGCAAACCUGGCACCACCAUUGCAAACAAGUCAUACUCAUCAAGUAUACAAAUGUAUUACCAGCCGCCUGUUGGUAACAUUUCUCUUGCAGAGUUUGAUUCAAUGGCCAUAGAGAGACUUAAAGUUUUGCGUACUAUUGAGCGCCUCAACUUGAAUGGACCAAUCAGAGGAUCUGAGGAGUGGGUCACAAAGAUCUAUGAAGAUUUUCACAAAAACAAAAAUUUUGUUGUUUCUUCUGAGCGCAUCUCAGAAACAAAAGCUGCAGAAGUGGAGGAGGCGCGUCGCCGCGACCACAUCUCACAUUUUGUGCUGCGGCUCGCGUACUGCCGGACGGAGGAACUGCGCCGCUGGUUUGUGGCCCAAGAAGUCGAUCUUUUCAGAGCUCGUUUCCUCCACACUUCCAACUCGAAGCAUGAGAUGACGUCAUUCAUAAAGGAAAAUAAUCUCUACUUUGCUGCGAUUUCUAAUGAAGAACUUGUGUCUGAGCGCGAGAAUUUGAUCGCUGGUACAGCAAAGAUAAUGAGCGGUGACCAGUUGGAGGGUCGGACCUUCUAUAAGGUGCCCUUCACCGACGCCCUGGACCUGGUGAGGACGCGCCGCGUGUACCUGAGGCGCGGUCACGCCUACGUGCCAGACACCGAGCUUGUCACGCUUAUCGCCGGCGUCUAUAGGGCGCACCUGUCCAGAGCUCUCGCACAAACAUGCCGCGCACUGCCGCAGCUGGAAGACGACGAACGGCUUGUGAAGUUGUUACAAGACUUUGACAGCCGUCACACGGGUGCAGAUUUCUCAUCUAAACCCAAUAACUCGGCCACCAUCACCCCAGCCAUGCUUGACACUCUUUCUAAUAAGUCUUUCCCGCUGUGCAUGCGUAAGCUGCACGACACCCUCAACUCGACGCAUCACCUGAAGCACGGCGGCCGCAUGCAGUACGGCCUGUUCCUCAAGGCGGCGGGACUGUCUCUCCAGGACGCCCUUCACUUCUGGAGAAGUCAUUUCAUCAAGAACAUGGAUGCUGACAAGUUUGACAAGCAGUACGCUUACUCCAUCCGCCACAACUACGGCAAAGAAGGCAAGCGCACUGACUACUCGCCCUACAGUUGCAUUAAAAUUAUAUCUGGCAACGUUGGUCCUGGCGAUGCCCACGGUUGUCCUUUCAAAGUAACAGACAUCCCAGUGUUGCGUCAGCGUCUCAAUGCAUACGGAGUUUCUUCUGCAGUGGCUGCCGAAAUCGCCGAGCUUGCUGGUAAGGGUCAUUACCAAAUAGCGUGCCAGAAGUACUUUGAAGCUACCCACAACACUGCACUGGACGUCGGCAUCAACCACCCUAACCAGUACCUCGAGGAGAGCAGAAAAAUCGCCGCACUCGCGCCGGAAGCAAGAUCCAAUCUUCCAAAGAGCAAAGCAGAAGUAAAAGGGAAACGAGUCGUCCAGGCAUCACAGCAGGACGCGUCCGUGACCAUCCCACCCAAGAGCUGCGCGGACGAGAAGCUGCAGGAUGAGUUUGACGACAUGGACGUCGACUUUGAUUUACUGGAUGCUGCAGUCGAGCAGCACCAAUUGUGAACUGCGAGCCAUCCAUAUCCGUUGGGGUGAUGCACCCUUUUUUACAUUUUGUUUGUUUACAAUGUGACUAGAUUCCAAUUUGAGAAACCCGAACCGUUUAGUUGUAAAUCUGCGGUAUAAUUUUGUGGUUUUCUAGAUUUAAGGUCGAUAAAGAAAUUGUCGCUGGGGACCUGAAAAAUUCAUCUAAAAUAGAACAUCAAGAAAGUUGCUCAGUGUAUUUAAUUUCACCGAACCCUCGUGUCAAUAUGUCGGACUUUUAAUGCCCAGCCUGUAUUACACAAACUAUAAAGAACAAAGGAAUACGGCUGAAAAAUAACCUUACAGCGACUCCUGAACGUUAUUUUGGACAUAGUGCUCAGCGCAGGACCUCCGAAAUCUCGCUCCGAAGCCUUCCUUGUGAUGGCUCGUGAGGUCUCACCGCUCGGAGAUGUGUGGGGAUGUAGGUGCUUCUCCAUGGGAAUGGGUGCUUCUCCAUGGGGAUGUGUGCUUCUCCAUGGGAAUGUGUGCUUCUCCAUGGGAAUGGGUGCUUCUCCAUGGGGAUGUGUGCUUCUCCUCCUCCCACCACUGCUGUCCAUACCUCCCUCCACUGCUGUCCAUACCUCCCUCCACUGCUGUCCAUACCUCCCACAAUCGCUGUCCAUACCUCCCUCCACUGCUGUCCAUACCUCCCUCCACUGCUGUCCAUACCUCCCACAAUCGCUGUCCAUACCUCCCGCCCUCCAUACAUUCACACCUUUUUUUUUAAUUCGUCGUUCAUCAAAGAUUUCGAUACUAGGGCUCCUCGCAAUUAAUUCCCAGCACCAAAUCCCAAAUGUUCGUCUAUGAUUCUCUAUAAAUUAUCGCCUUGUUUUUCUAAAGAAAUUGUCAUAACAGUUUUCGUUUCUUGUAUCUAAAGCCUGAAGCUUUGUAUCUAUGUAAUUGCUUUCACCUUGCAUUUUUGAAUAUCGUUAUCUCUAUCAUAAAUAAAAUAUUUUUUGUUAAAUAUCGGAAAAAAUUUAAAUACACGUGCUAAAUAACGUCUCAAUAUUAUAAAAGCGCGAAAUAAAUAAAAUACCUAUCAUAUAGCCACACGUCACAUCAAUCGUGACACUUCCAUCCACAUGUGACUGCUCAUCUCUAAAACAUGAGAACCUCAUAGCAUCAGUCGACUUGUGCCAUGAAUUGCCUACUCACUUAAAAUAAAGUAAUAAACAUUUAUUCAGCAGGAGCACCCCAUUUUACCCGAAUUAACUUCCAGUGUUGUGGGUGUAGUGGGCUAGUGGCAAACAAGGUAUGAAUAAGAAUGAUCGAUGAAAACUAUUGUUAUAAACAAACUUUAAUGUAAUAAUGCAAGAAUAAAACACUAAAUACC